AGGCUAGGACGUGAUCCUUGCUCCUAAGCGCUUAAGGAAUGUACUGCAUUUUCACUUUGGAGGAGCAGGUGGUAUUUGUUCUUCUGUCCCUCAUCCUCCUUAUCCUGGGUCCUGUUUAGAGCUGUCCCGUGCAGUAGUUGAGCUACUAACCACGUGUGUCUAGAGUACUUGGAAGGUUGCUGGUCUGAACUGAGGUGUGCUGUAAAAGUGUAGAACAUGCUUUCCAUUUUACAGACUUAGUAUGACAAAGAGAAUAUAAAAUGUCUCUGUAAUAAUUUCCUUUGAUAUCAAUUACAUGCUGAGACUAUGCUUUGGGUAAAUUGUGUUAAAAAUACAUUAAGGGACGCCUGGGUGGCUUAGUCAGUUAAGCGUCCGACUCUGGGUUUCAGCUCAGGUCAUGAUCUUGCAGUUGGUGAGAUCAAGCUCCAGGUAGGGCUCUGCACUGACAGCAUGGAACCUAUUUGGGAUUCUGUCUCCCUCUCUCUGCCCCUCCCCUGCUCGUGCUGUCUCUCUCUAAAUAAAUAAACUUAAAAAUACAUUGAAAUUAAUUUCAUAUUUUUUGUUUUUACUUUUUUAAAAACAUGGCUACUAAGAAAUGUAAAAUUGCCUAUGUGGCUUGCAUUAUAUUUCUGUUGGAGAGUGUGGUCUAGUAACUUGAUGAAAUUUAGGGUAAACAUUACAUCAUAUUGCAUCAUAUCAAGUGGUACAUAGGAUGAGCUUGUUCCACUCUUAGUAAUACUAAAUUUGGUAUUUUUCCAAACUUUCCAUUAUAAAGACACAUUUUGAUAACUUUCAGAACUUUCCAUUUUAAAGGUAUAUAUAUUUUAAAUCACUUCCAGAAUUUUUGUUGUAAUGAUACUAAAAAAAAAAAAUAGCAACACUCAGAACUUUCCAUUUUAAAGAUGGAUUUUGAGUAUUUCUGGAACUCUCCAGUGUUAAGAUAUGUUAUUUUCUUUUGCAAUUAGAAAUCUGUGGAGUGAUAUUUUGGCACCUUGGGAACAUCCUGCUUCCAUUCUUUUUUACCUAGUGGUUUUAGUACCCCUUGAAGAUCCUUUCCUGAAUAAGUUAUGUUAGAAGCUGUUCAAAAUGGUGUUUUUUUAAAUGCUAUUAUUUCUUUUUCACAAACAGUUGUCAUUCUUCUGUAAAGAACACUCCUUUUUCUUUUUUUCAUUUUAUUUUUUGGUGAACCAGUUAUGUGGCAUGUGGAUUAGUCACUUCAUAUAAUCAAUGUUUGAUUAGAAAAGUUAGGUACAAGUGAAAUUUUUCUUUAAUAUAAUUUAUUGUCAAAUUGGCUUACAUACAACACCCAGUGCUCAUCCCAACAGGUGCCCUCCUCAAUGCCCAUCACCCACGUUCCUGUCUUCCCCAGGCCCCAUCCACCCUCAGUUUGUUCUCUGUAUUUAAGAGUCUCUUAUGGUUUGCCUCCCUCCCUCUCUGUAACUUUUUUUCCGCCUUCCCCUUCUCCCCUGGUCUACUGUUAAGUUUCUCAAGAUCCACAGAUGAGUGAAAACAUAUGGUAUCUGUCUUCCUCUGACUGACUUAUUUCACUUAGCAUAACACCCUCCAGUUCCAUCCAUAUUGCUACAAAUGGCAUGAUUUCAUUCUUUCUCAUUGCAGGCACAUGUACCCCAAUGUUUAUAGCAGCACUUUCAACUGUAGCCAAAUUAUGGAAAGAGCCUAAAUGUCCAUCAACUGAUGAAUGGACAAGUGAAAUUUUAAAAUACGGAAUCAGGGGCACCUGGGUGGCUCAGUUGGUUAAACAUCUGAGUUCGGCUCAGGCCAUGAUCUCACAGCUUGUGGGUUCGAGUCCCGUGUCGGGCUCCGUGCUGACAGCUCGGAGCCUGGAGCCUGCUUCAGAUUCUGUGUCCCCCUCUCUCUCUGCCCUGCUCAUGCUCUGUCUCUCUGUUUCUCAAAAAUAAAUAAACAUUAAAAAUUUUUUUUAAAUAUAUAAUAUGGAAUCAGCUUACAUGUACAAUGGUUGUUCACUGUUUAAAGGAACCUUAUUGUAAGUCUUUUUUCACAAAGCUAGUAAUCACCCAUUAAUUUCUGCUAUCCUUACAAACUUUAAUUUUCAUGUAUAACACAUUCAUUCAACAAAUUAUUGAAUGCUUAUUAUGUUGCAGACACUGUGUUAAGCAUUUAGAGUGGAGUGGUUAGCAGAAGAAGCAUGGCUGUCCUUCGUGGAGGACGCAUCCUUCCAGAUCAGGAGACAGAGUUGCCCAGAACUCAGUGAGUGAAGGCGAGUAGGAAGCUGUCUCUGCAGCAUCUUGAUUCGGGAGGUGUUAUAUAAGCUUUGCCUCACAACCCUGCUUAACAAAUGCUUUGAAAUUCAGAACCUGCAACAGUCAUUCUCCAUGGGUUUGAUGAGAAGGGUAUAUAGCAGAGCUGGCAAUUCCCUCCUGUUGUCUUUCUAAUGUAACGCUGAACUAUGAUUGUAGACCUUUUCCCUCAACUGCACUUUUUUCUAAUUUUCUUUUCUCUCUGGACAUUUCCCCAGCAUUGCUGGGGUCCACACCUCCAUAAGGCAUGUCUCAGAGGCUUACUUCGGAGACUCUUAAAUACCCUGAACGUGGACAUGUCCAGUUAGAUGUGUACCUGUCUUUAAAGAAAUAAGAUGUCUGUUGUUACAGUGCUAUGACCUCAGGUUCCAGAAUAUCAGUGCAACAUUCUUUAGAAGGGAUGUUUCACUUUGGAUUAAGUCUACGUUUGGAAUCAGCCUAUUGUCAAGGGGAGAAGGUUAAUCCCGGUGACAGGAAAACACCCCACUAUGAACUGGUUUGGAAAUUACUUCUCUAGAUUUCCUGAGGAUGUUUCCUUACUCAACAUACACUCACCUCUGUUGCUUUCACUCAGAUCAUCUGAAGAUGAGCAACAUUUUGUUUCCAGCACGAGGAGCCAUGCACCAGCCCAGGCCGUGACGAAGCAGCCUGUCUGGGGAGAUACCGGCAGGACCACAAUCAUGAUUGUCCAGACAGGUGGAGACUGGAGCACUGGCCUCUUCAGUGUCUGCAGGGACAAGAGAAUUUGUUUCUGUGGUCUGUUUUGUCCAAUGUGCCUCGAGUGUGACAUCGCCAGGCAUCACGGAGAGUGCCUUUGUUGGCCAUUGUUACCUGGGUCCACCUUUGCACUGAGAGUUGGCACCAGAGAGAGACAUAAAAUACGGGGCACACUGUGUGAGGACUGGCUGGCAGUGCACUGCUGUUGGCCCUUUUCCAUCUGUCAGGUGGCCCGGGAACUCAAGAUGAGGGCCUCCCAACUCUACGAAAUCUGUGCAGCUCCGUCAACCAAGGACAACUUUAUCUGACAGAGCCAGAAAACUCUUCCUCCUCACCACCGCCCCCACCCCCGCCCUCCUCUCAAACCCCUCUUAGAAGAGAGAGUUCUUUUCACUGAAAUAAUAUGAAAAUAAAGGAUUUCUCCCCUACUGUCUU